AUGGCUUCAUCUGCAGCUGACUCGAAUCUCAGGACUCUCCACCUGUGUCCCAGUCCCAGGGUGAGAAUUGUUGGAAGAAUUCGAAGCUUUACAGAGCGAGAAUCUGAAGCUCUUAAUCAAGAUUCCAAGCCUUGGAUAACUGUUCGCCACAACGAAGACGGAGCUUCAUCAGAUUCUGGAGUUAUACUCUCGUGUACAGAUCAAUCUUCCAGUCGGAAGGAUGGACCUUAUAAACUGGAUUACUGUUAUGAACAACAUCAGGGUAAUGAUACCAUUUUCUCAAGAGAGAUAAAGCCUUUGAUUUCAGAUGUCCUUAAUGGUAGAAAUGCAUCUGUAAUCGCUUAUGGGGCUAAAGGAAGUGGAAAAACUUACACCAUCCAGGGUACCCAAGACAAACCAGGGAUCGCUGCUCUGUCAAUGGCUGAAUUGCUUUCAAAAAGCCAAGAGGCUGGAGAUGUGGUUUCGGUUUCCAUUUUGGAGGUGCAUCAAGAGCAUGCAUUUGAUCUUCUUGAUCCGAAACAUUCCGAAGUUCAGGUUCUAGGAGAUGGUCGGGGAAAAAUCAAUCUUAAGGGGCUUACUCAAGUUCCCGUGAAAUCCGUUCCUGACUUCGAGAAUUUAUACAUUAGUAAGUUAAAUAUCAGCAAACCAGUUCAGAAAAUGCCAUUGGAGCCUCCAAAAAGGAGCCACAAAUGUUUAAUGAUGCACGUGUCUAAAGUUGAUGACAACUCAAACAAGAAGCUUGUGGGGAAGAUGCUCUUCAUUGAUUUAGCAGGUUAUGAGGAUGGCAGAAGAAGUAGCAGAGAAGGAGUUGCAUUUCAAGAGGCCACAAAAACUAAUAGAUCCCUGCAGGCUUUGAUGAACGUUGUUUAUGCACUGAAUACUAAUGAAAGCCAUGUGCCAUAUCGCGAGAGCAAACUGACCCGCAUUUUUCAAGAAUCUCUUGAUGGCAUUAAUCACGUUGUAAUGCUAACUUGUCUGAAUCCACAUUUUUGCCCAGAUACCCUUCACGUGUUAGGCUUAGCGUCCCGUUCAUGUCAAAGUACAAACCAUCUGCUAUCAAGCUUCACAAAAAGUACUAAAAGUUCAAGCCGCCAGGAGUUGUUUCUGUCACAAAGGAAGAUGAAGCCUUCUACCACUCCUAACACCUUGAAGAAGCGUGCAGUUUCUACUGUACAUGCAUCCACAAAAAAAGCUAGCAUGUCAAAAGGACGGCAACUUCUUGACGGGGCAAAGAAAGUCUACUCAAACCAGCCCGAACAAGAUGGUGAUUAUUCAGUCAAGAAGCUUGAUUUUGAAACUGAUGAUCCUAAAGCGUUGGCACUGGUGCCGCUGAUAAAGGAUUCACAGGAUGACAAAUCUACAUUUGAUCAUGAUUUGAACUCAGUGCCUGAAGGAGAAGUUUCUUCUACGGACAAACUUGUUUCAGAUUCUUCUUCAUAUGUGGAACCUAAGGAGGAUGCUUGCGUGGCAGAUCAUCCUUUGACUGCACUGCCCUUAGAACUGGUUCCUCAUGAAAACUCCAUAUCAGGAUAUCCUUCAGAAAUGAAAUUUAAAGAAAAUGAUGCUUCUGUGAAUAACGUGAAGAACAGUUUGGAUGUAGAUCCCCAGUGCAUUUCUAUGAAUUCUCCGCUGGAAGAUGGAAAAGAGAAGAAACAUAUCGAUACAAAUGCAGGUGGAUCGCCAACACUUACUGCUAGACUACAGGAGAUGUCAUACCUCUUUAAGUCAUUCUGUACUUCAACUCCAUUAAGUGUAAGGGUGCCAGAAGAUUCUUGUGCCCAGCUUAGUGUUCAAGCAGGCUAUCCAAGUGACCUAAUUGAACCAAAGACCCCAACAAUUGAACAUGGAGCAAAUCUUGGUCAAAGAUUGGAGGCUACAAAAUUUACUACUCCCUUGAAUAGAUUAUAUACCCGCAGUUCUGGCAUGAAGGACUCUUUAGUUCAGGAGUAUCUUAAGUUCUUGAAUACUGCUGACAAAGAAGAGCUAAAAGAAUUGAAGGGUAUUGGAGAAAAAAGAGCGACCUACAUUCUUAAGCUUCGAGAACAAUCACCAGAACCUUUUAAGAAUCUUGAUGAUUUGCAAGACAUUGGUCUUUCAGCUAAGCAAGUCAAGGGCAUGAUGAAAAAGAUGGCUGGAGAAUUCUUUAGUUAG